AUGCAAAAAUCCUGCAAAGAAAAUGAAGGGAAACCCAAGUGCAGCAUGCCAAAGAGAGAAGAAUGCACCUACAGAGAACUUGAACGCCAGCAAACUGAAGGGAAUUUUAGGCAAAGGCUGCUUCAGUCUCUCGAAGAAUUUAAAGAGGACAUAGAUUAUAAACAUUUUAAUAAUGAAGAAAUGACAAAAGAGAAAGAGAUGGAAAAGUGUUUGGAAGAGAUAAGGAAUCUGAGAAAAAAGUUCAGGGCUCUGCAUUCUAACCAUAGGUAUUCCCGGGACUGUCCUUAUCACAUUUGA